GCUGCUCCGUCUGAAGGAAGAAGACUUGCGUAUGUUUUUUUGUCAACGAAGGGACAAAGAUUUGAUCUUUUAAGGAAGCCUAUCAUCAUCAUCAUCAUCAUCAUCAAUAGCCAAGUGUAACUGGACUCGAUUGAUUGGAUUCGCAUGAGGAUUUGAAUAAAACAUGUCGGUGGAGAGAUCUUUCGAAGCUUGGGAAGAGGUUCAACGACAAGGACUAGAUUUAGCCGAUCGUCUCGCUCAGGGAUUCACUGGUUUGAUUCAGAUCAACCCACCUUCCUUCCCAUGGCCUCAGCAUCAUCACAAGUCCAAACCUUUCGACCUCGAGUUCCCUAGUCAACAACAAUUCGAUGCUAUUAGAGAUUACAGUUUCGGUAUUAUCAACCAACCCAUCAACGGUGUCGCAGCGGUUCUCGAUGCUGGGAAUAAGAUUGGUCAAGCUGGUGUCGAUUUUGGUUCUGGAUUGAACCUCAUGGUCCAACAGUGGUUUAGGAGGCUGCCUAUACCGUUCCUGCACGACCAUAGCAAGCUUGCUGUCUGUGUGGAAAGUGGGAACGGUACAAGGAGCAAUAGGGCUUAUGUGGAUACGAAAGAUGAUUUGGGAUUAGCUGCAGAACGGUUGAAAGACUCGGGGUUUUCUAAGACUGAUGAUUCUGUUACUUUGUCUGAGGAAGAAGUUGCAGAUUCUUAUUUAAAAACGGGUGGUUUCCUUGGAAGAUCAAAGGGAAAGAUUGAUUUAUCAUCAAGUUAUGAUAGUAGAACAAACGGUAUGGAACAUUCAUUGGCAGCCAGGGGAGACAUAUGGAGACUAGAAGCUUCGAGUUCGAGUUUUACUGCAAGCGAUGGAACUUCCUCUCUCUUUCUUCUCCAGCUUGGACCGAUUCUCUUCCUACGCGAUUCAACUCUUCUUCUACCGUUACACUUAUCGAAACAACACUUGCUCUGGUAUGGAUAUGACAGGAAGAAAGGAAUGCAUUCACUCUGCCCAGCUGUAUGGUCAAAGCAUCGAAGAUGGCUUAUGAUGUCAAUGCUAUGUCUCAACCCUUUAUCUUGCUCCUUUAUGGAUUUGCAGUUCCCAAACGGGCAGUUGACCUAUGUAUCUGGCGAGGGGCUGACAGUGAGUACCUUUGUGCCUUUCUAUGGAGGUCUUCUUCAAGCACAGGGUCAGUAUCCAGGAGAUAUGAGGUUUAGUUUCUCUUGUAAGAACAAACGUGGAACUAGAAUCACACCAAUGGUUCAUUUGCCUGACAAAUCAUUCGCGUUAGAAGUUUCUCAAGGCUUGGCAUGGCGUAGAUCUGGACUACUGAUGAAGCCUACACUUCAACUCAGUGUAUGUCCCACGUUUGGUGGAAGCAACCCCGGGAUGAAAGCGGAAGUGAUACACUCACUGAGUGAUGACUUGAACUUGAUAUAUGGCUACACACGUAACGCACAUCCUUCAGCAUUUGCCUCUGUAUCUUUUGGUCGGUCGAAAUGGAAUGGCAACAACGGACGCACAGGAAUAGUUGUAAGAGCUGAUACUCCUCUUGCAGCAAGUAUUGGCCAGGCUUCUUUCUCUGUCCAGCUUAAUAACUCUUUUGAGUUCUGAAUCUAUACAUAUGUGUGAAAAGACUGCUUUGCCACAUUUCCGUGUACAUAUGUGUGAAGGAAGUAGUUAACUGGUUAACCCACAA